CAGCCGCCAUGAACACCAAGAUCAUCCUCGUGCUGGCCUUCGCUGCCAUCGCCGCCGCCGACAAGCCGAGCUUCUCCUACGGCGCCCCCAGGGUAGCAUCCAGGGAAUCCUUCGAGUCCACUGAGGCCAAGUACGACUUCCAGUGGGCCGUCGACCACGACGACUCCGGCAACGACUUCGGUCACCAGGAGGCUCGCGAUAACGACAACACUCAAGGAUCCUACUACGUGCAGCUCCCCGACGGCCGUCUGCAGAAGGUCACCUACUACGUGAAUGGAGACUCUGGCUACGUAGCUGACGUUAGCUACGAGGGCGAGGCUCGCUAUGACUCAGUUGAGUCCCGUGAAGCUCCCAGACCUGUCUAUUCAGCCCCCAGACCCGUCUACUCAGCCCCCCGACCACGCAUUCCUGACUCACAUGAGUCCUUCGAGAGGCCCGCACCCAUCCCGGUCAGGCCCCGUCACUUCGACUCCCGUGAGUCCUUCGAGAGGCCCGCACCCAUCCCGGUCAGGCCUCGUCACUUCGACUCCCGUGAAUCCUUCGAAUUCGGCAGCUUCGACUCCCGCGAGUCCUUCCACUCGGAUGAGGACGUCCGCCGACACUUCGGCUGAAGGACCGCGUGCAAUAAUGGCCUGAAUUUCAAAUGCCGCGAAUGUAUUUAUUAGCGUGAAUGUGUCAAAUAAAUGUUAUUAAGCAAUA